UUUAAUCUAAAAUUCUAAAAUGGUAUUUUGGGGCAAUUCGUUAAGUUUGAGAAGGUGGAACCGACCGGAAUCAGAUCCUCACCUUGCCGCCAUCGUCAACGCCACUUUCAAGCACUCUCUUCUUCUCUCUCUCUCCCCCUUUGUGCCAAAGCCUUUUUCGGGGACCGCAAAAGGGCUGAUUUCUUCUGCAACAAACAACCCCUCGCAUGGUGGGAUCGACUCCUUUCAAUCACCUUAUUAUGCAAUCAAUUUGGCUUAAUGGUAGAAGAGGAGAAGUUAUCACAAAAGUGAAGAUCACGGAGGAAUAGAGUGGUAAAAGCGAUUUGAAGAUAUGGGAUCUUUUAAGGGCCAUGUUCUUCCAGGAACGCUGUUUCUUCUGGUUGGUGUUUGGCACGUAUGGAGUGCUCUGCUUCGGUACGUGUUAAAUCCUAGCUUGUUUCGUGUUCGUGUGUGGAAUCCCAUGCCUGGCUUCGACGGAAAACUCAAAUACUUAGAGCUUUAUGUUAUUGUUAUUGGCGGUUUCAUUGAUUUGUGUAUUGAGCUUUUGUAUUCAACCCAUCUUAAGUUCUUCGUUAAUGGAGUUUUGAACCCUUCGCAUAUGAACAACUUUGAACAUUCGGGGAUGCUUCUCAUGUUCUUCAUUUUUGGAGUCAUCGCUUUGCUCUCUGAAAAAUCCAGAUUUGUUCGUCUACCAGACGAAGCGCUUUGUCUGAUUGCUGCCACGGCAUUCUGCGCCGAAUAUCUGUUGUUUUACUUUCACUCAACUACUCACAAAGGCCUUGAGGGUUAUUACCAUAUUCUCCUUGUCCUCUUGAUUGGGCUCUGCAUUUUGUCGACGGUUGCUGGAGCUAUUUUACCUACCAGCUUUCCGGUUGACAUGUGCAGCGGUAUCGCCAUUACGCUCCAGGGUCUUUGGUUUUAUCAAACAGCCUUCACUUUGUAUGGUCCAAUGAUGCCUGAUGGUUGUGAGCUUAAGGAUGAUAUGAUGGUCAUGUGUCAUUCAAAAGAUAGUGAGGUUAGAGGUGAACUCCUAGCAAAUUUCCAGCUCUUUUCUAUGGUCAUUGGAGUCCUUGGUGGGGUCGUCGGAGUUUACUGGUUUGCAGCAUCGAAGUACGGGCGAUCCGACCUUGGAAGUUCGAAUGCCAUCCAAGAAUAGAUUGUUUCCGGGUAUGUCUUGCAUCAAAAUUUCAUCUCUUUGUAGGAUUCUUUAGGCGACUUCUAGGUUUGUUUCUUUACACAUAAAAAGUAAAACAUCUUUAGCUUCAUUUAGAAAUCCAUGCCACGGUUAUGAUUUGGAGUGCUGCUUAACAUGCUAUUUUUUGUUAUUAUUUUUUAACACUUGAAUGCUUUGUGAGUAAACAAAUCCAAAGUGCAUUUGGCUUGAGUGCUUUGACUUGAAAGCACUUUAAAAAAUUUCUUGAGAAGGUAAAAUCAACCAUCAUAUGAUUUUUUAUUGAA